AUGUAUCACGGCCGUACUGUAACUACAAGUAUUGAUAUAUCAGUAUGCCAGCUCCAGGUGGCAGAUCUACUAUUCGAGUUGGGUGACACCUCGAAUGUUCCUCAUCCAGAUCGAACUGAUCAACAAGGAUCGCGGCGUCCGAGUGAUGGCACGCCUCGGUGGCCAAGGACUUGGAGAGAUGAUGACGUGAGGGAAUGGCACUGGGAGGAUGAUCAUCUGGAGGAACCUGGCAACAACUUGGAGGGCUCGCAGCCUGAGCAGGAUCUAUCCGACUCCGAUGACGACUCGGACUCACCAAGUCCUAAGCACCCGAAGUGCCAGGGAAUUCUCGUGCGGUGGACGCCAGGAUCAGUCUGGGAUACGUACCCUUUCCAUCGUCACGAGACACGCACCUUCCCUUGGGAGCUUGUUGGAAUCAGCAAUCGCAAUUGGCUACGUCUGCGCUCGACCUCUUGCGAACGAUAUGCCAAGACGAGGAAUGCCACGCAGUGCGCAUCAUGCGAGAAGAUCCCGGGUCUACCGGAGUACAUCAGCUUUGUAGAGAGGGCAGACGGUGACGCACCAAAGAAUACUCCGUACCAGUACCUCACGCAUAAGCAGCUCAUUGCUAUUACUACGAAGCUUGCUGCACAAAUUCGUCAGCUCCAGUUACAGAUCGCUCGGCGGGAACGCCGUAUCAAUGACCAUCAGCGGCUCACGAUGCUACUUGCGUCGAACGAUGUCAAGCGGCUUCGUCAGCUGCUCACUGUUUCGCUGCGAAAUGGGUCAAGUCCCCGGUACUUGCUUGCUCAGCUUCAGCGUGCAAUAGCCGGGGUUUACAAGCCACGCGGUCCCGGAGGGCGUUUUGAUACACGCGAGCUGGAGAUCGCCUUCUUGGCAAAAGCGCUGGGGGGCCCACGGCUCCUGUACGCACUCAACAAGUCUCUUGGACUACCAUCCCCAUCGACAGUCAACGAGACGUACCCCGUACCCGAGCUUCUUCCCUGUGUCAAGUCGCCGACAAACCAUGAAGUCUUCGGCAAUGUUGGUCGCCUGAUGGCGCCUGAGGUCAAACUGCCUGCACCUGUAUAUGCAUCCAACAAGCGCGCAGGCUUGAUUGCGAUGUUUGACGGGGUGUCGAUUGAGGAGAAGUGUCGCUACCUCCCUGCUUCCGAUUCGGUGGUAGGCCUGUGUCGUGAACACUCAGCAGACAUCGGUACGCGGGUUACCAGCAUCGAGGAUGUCGAGGCGAUCGAGCAUGCACUACACGGGGAGACUCCAAAAUGUCAUUACGGGAAGGACGCAACGAUUGGGGCUGUAGCACCUUACGCACGCACGGAUCACUAUUCUGCUACGCCACUCUUCGCUUCGCCAUCCUGCAAGACGGAGGUGGGUAAUGACCUUGGCGUCUGGCUCCGGACCUUCUUGGAUGCCUGGAAGUCACAUCCAUACGGAGAGAGGCUGCAGGGACCUAUCUGGUCCGUCGGGAGCGAUGGCGAGGCAUCUUUCCGGCGGGCUAAGUUUGACCUGUGCAUGGGCGAGUUGAUACCUCACAGCUCGGAGCUCGGAGCCCAUCUCGUGCGGAUGACCGGCAUGAACAUGGCGUGCGGAUCGGACGGCAUCAUAGCCACCUGUGAUCCAAAGCAUGUUAUCAAAAGAUUUGCGACUCUGCUGCGGAAUCCUAAGGGGAUCUUGGUACACGACACAAGCAUCCAGGCACUCGAUGUCUACCAACAUCUCCAAGAUUUGCCUGCAAUGAAUGGAGACAAAGCACGUCAACUGCUUGAUCCCGCAGACAAACAGAACGUACCAAAAGCGGUUACCCUCAUUCAGACAAUCCUCCAGCUCAGCACAGAGGCCAAGCCCUCGACGUCACCUAGCCACCUCCAUCGACGCAAGAUGCUCACGUUCCUCGCGCGGACCUUUGGGUACUUUGUUCUGCCAUUCACGUCCAUCGACUACAGCCUCGCGCAGCAGAUCCGGUCACUGGCCACCUAUGCGUUCGUAAUCGCGGCCAUGUGGAUACGACAUGGAACUUCGUUCAUGACAGGUGCCCUCUAUGCCGAUUCACAGGCAAUCGUGCGAAAUAUUGUCAUUACAACAUUGCGGCUGCAGAUUGUCGACAAGGACGUACCGUUCCAUAUCAUCCUGGAAGGUACAGACCGUCUCGAACGCCUAUUCUCCGAGUGCCGCACACAAGAUCAUAGCCGGAACUUCGAUAUCCUGCAACUCUGCGAGAAACUCAGUGUCAGUGCCCUCAUCAGCUCAAUUUUCGAGCGCAAUCCAGACCUAGAUCGCGGACAUCGGCGGCUCAAUCUCCGCAAUGCACAGGGUGUCGACCACGUCAACCCAGCUUCAUGGAAGGGCGAUGUUGUAGUCGGCCAUGUCGAAGUGGAGGUCGAGUGGGCACAGGGUCGCCGCGAUGCGAUUGCGCUCCUUAAAGAGUACUUCGGAGAGGGAGGACACGUGGACUUUGGUGCCCUGUUUGCUGACGGCGUGCGCGACCUGCUCCGCCCUGGUCCACAGGGCAAGUACGUUGGGUUACGGCAUACAGAAGACGACGACCGCACGGAGCGCCAAGGCGAUGUUUCUACCGACGCCCCACUCCCAGGAGACCCUGACGCUGGGAAUGCCGCAGAUCCACCUCAAUCAGAGCCCGCUGCUCCAGAACCAGAAGAGUUCAACGACGUACCGCCCGGAGUGGACAUUGAUGAAUUCCUCCCGGAUACUAUCCAAGCCGCAAAUGGCAGUGCAAACCUACCGGAGGAGUCACCACUUGUGCACAACACCCGACGCUUCAUCCAAGUUGGCGACAAACGCUUUUUGAAGUCCUCCGUUGUCGCCACAUUCCUGACGUCCAAUCGGGGCAAGAAAGUCCCGAUGCGGACGCUUCGCGCUCAAGGUGUCACGCUCGAGGCGCUGUGUAGUACAGACAAAUGGAACGCACCUGACGUAAACGGCGAAGGCGUCAUCCGCUCUGGCGACACUGCGGCGACAUUGGUCUGCAUCUCGGAGUCGGGGACCAUAUGUCUUGCUGUCGUCAAGAUCAUGAAGUUUAUGCGGCAAGGCGAGACUGCUUGGCUUACCAGCCUCGAAGUUGAUGAUCUCAGGCGAUCCGAUGGCUCGGCCGUAACGGUAGAGGUCCAGAUCCUUCAGCUUGCAGAAUCCCAACAGACAGGGUCUGACACCUGGCGCUGGACGAGGCAAUAUGUCCGCUCUGGCAUCAAGAAGUCAGACAGCGAGCAAGCCACAACAAAGCAGCACACCUUGCUCAUCCCCGGCUACCUGAUCCAUCCGCUGAGUGCCCAAAUUGUAGAGCUUGCGAACGCAAACACCACCGCCCAGCCUGAGUCCGGCGAGUCGAACUCAGACCGCCCGCCGCAUGUCCUGGACGCAGCCUCCGAAUCCGAGUCAUCUCCGAGUCACGUACAGACAACGUGGUCAUACAUCGCGUCUGAGCUACAUGACGCGCUCAGCAUCGCAUGGGAGGCCCUGGGAUCAAGCCCGGAAGAGCUCAUGGCCAGCGUUGCGGUCUUACCAGCUCUUGAGACGACUCAGUUACCAUAUACUAGUGUUCGCGGCGAGACCAACGAGUCGAAAUUUGUGGUUGUGGAUCUUCCCGCAGAGUUAACUGUGGAGAAGAAGUCUGGAUCCACCAAAGUCACCUGUUUUGUUUGCGGGCAGCCGGAGACCAUCGCUCGGAUGCGGAACCAUAUUGGCACUGAGCCUUGCGGUUGGUGCGGACGCGAUGGCAAAUGUGUCACGCAGCUUGUGAAGACGGGCAACUCACGGACCAUUCACUCGAGCUGUGAAUAUCAUCAUACCAAGAUGAAAUAUGGGCCAGCAUCGAAGUCGAGCAAGAAUUCGCCAUGUUCUAAUGUCCCUAUACAUUGUCCGCUAUGCCCAUCAACCUCGGCUGGUCAACCACAGACUAUAUGGAAGUACAAUACACUGAUCCAUCUCCUCACCGCGCACAGCCCUGCAGAUGCAAUCCGACCGCCUAUCAUCCCACCGCAGCUUCUCCUCGACAUGCACAUCACGAAAUCCGAGGAAGUCUUGAUGAACAUCGACCGAGAGGUGACGACGAGCUACCGCGACCAGUUCGAGAUCCCGGACAGCGACGAAAUCGAACAGGUUAUGGAGGAUUUGCAGAUCGGUCAGAAGCGAGGAAGGGGACAGUCGACGGUCGUGAGAGAGCCACGUUCGAAGGCAGCCAAGACGAGUUGA